CGACAAACAAUUUGUGAAUGCCAAGGCCUGCACAAUUUCGCAACAGGGCGGGACCUGCGCCGUGUUAGUCGCUGAACAUAGUGGGCAACGAGAAGAAUUUUUCUUCCAUCCCACACUAUUUCAUCCAUCUGUCGCCAUCAUUGUGGUCCCAGAGCCUUUUCCAUUCUUCUUCCACCCAAGAUAUUCCCAUAUCCGCCAAAAACAACAGAAAAAAUGGCCGCCGCUCUCGAAGAAACCAUGGUCAGCUACGAGGAGCUUUCCGACCUCGAGCAGGAGUUCGAUGAUGUCGAGACUGAGAUCAUCCGUCAGCAGUACACCCUCUCCAAGCCGCUCUACGUCCGCCGCGCCGAGCUGCUCGCCAAGAUCCCCAACUUCUGGGCGCUCGUGCUUGAGCAGGCGCCCAUGGACAUUGACGAGUACAUCCAGCCGUCUGACUCGGCCAUCCUCCUGACCUCGCUCAAGAACCUCUCGGUGAACCGCUUUGAGCUGGACGCCGACGAGAAGAAGGGCGACCCGCGCAGCGUCGCCAUCCGCUUCGAGUUCGCCGAGAACGAGCACUUCGAGGACACGGUGCUGGAGAAGAAGUUCUGGUGGCGCCAGAGCAAGGACGGCUUCGCCGGCCUCGUCAGCGAGCCCGUCGAGAUCAAGUGGAAGAAGGGCAAGGACCUGACCGACGGCCUUCUGAGCCUGGUCAAGGCCGUCUAUGACGAGCAGCUGGCGAAGCCCAAGCAGGAGAAGAAGGGCAAGGCCGAGAAGGUGGUCCUGACCGAGAAGCAGAAGGCGCUCAAGGAGAAGAUCGACAGCACCGGUAUGGGCGGUGUUAGUUUCUUCGCCUGGUUCGGCUACAUUGGAGAGUACGUCUCUGCCGAGGAGAGCAAGGAAGCGACUGAGGAGGAGAAGGAGGAGCGCCGGAAGAGGAAGGCUGGUGAGGAGGUGCCCAAGAAGGAUGAGGAUGAGGAGAUGGGAGAGGGCGAUGAUGAGGACGAGGACGAGGAUGACGAUGACCUGGACAUCUUCCCCAUGGGUGAUGCGGUUGCCAUGGCGAUUGCUGACGACCUGUGGCCCGGCGCGCUCAAGUACUUUAUUCAAGCUCAGGAGCAAGACGGUAUGAGCGAACUCGACUUUGAGACGGACGAUGAGGAUGAUGAAGAGGAUGACGAAGAGGAGGAGAGCGCGACCAGGCCGCAGAAGAAGCAGAAGGCCUGCGCCCACGGCUGCAAGCACUAAGCCGGAACUGCUAGGUCUUGUUACGAUCAGGUCUGCGAUACCCCCUAAACUCUCAUGAUUUGGACACAAGAAUUUGUUAUGAUGAUGGAUAGACAAAAGUAGCUUGUUUUGCUGCAUAGACAAGAGCUCUUAGAAUGAAAACGAGCUCGAAUUUUCGCAAAGACGGGUUCCACUCACUUAGCCCAGAUCCAACGGGAGGUACAUCCCUCCUCAUCUGAGCCGCCGGCCAAGUCUCGAAGUGAUAUCACCCAC